CCGCCCUGUCCUUGCCCCUUUUGCCAUGUCCCUUUGCUGCCUCUGCACUCGCCCCGAUGAGGAGCGAGUGUCGGGGCUUCGCCUGCCACACCCGUCUGUUUGUCGCCCGCUGGCCGUCCUUGUCUGCGUUUCGUGCGAGCAGGGCUUGAUCCAAGAGCGUGGCGCACGACGCCGCAUUUCUGACGGCGCACCCGAGCCGUCUCACUGGAGCGGGCCGCAGGUGCCCUCCGCUGGCCUGUGGCAGGUGGGGAUCCCUGCUGGUGGCGACCUCCUCGACGAGUUCACGGGCCGCGCCAUGCCCUCGCCGAAAGAGGAAGGCCACUUGACGCUCGGAUCAAACGCCGCUGACGAGCAGUUGCAGGCGUGCAAGAAGAAGCGCUCCCGCGGGGCGUUCGAGGGUGUGGCCGGCGAGGGUGGUGAGACACACGAGGAGGCUGGCAACGAGGAAGAGGUGACGGACAUCAAGGUUUACAACAACGAGAAGGAGGAGGUGGCAAGGGAGCCCGGGCUCGGCGACGCGGCUUCCACGCAGCGCAAGCAGCACAAGCAGGCGUACAAGAGCAAAUUCAAGGUGGGUGAUCCGGUCAUGCACAAGUUCAAGGAGGGUGAGGGGAUGCGCUACCACAGGGGUGUGGUCAAGAGCAUCAAGCUUGUGACUGAGGGAGGAAAGUGCCCGGGGAUUGAGCACUGCAUCGAGUUUGACGACGGGGAAACCAUCCACGACAUGAAGGGGAGCGAGCUCAAGGCCUACAAGGCAAGCAAGGUGAAGUACAAGAAAAGCAAGGUGAAGAAAACUGUUGCGGGUGAGGUACUGAUGGACAAACGCGCCGCAACUCAGUCAUCUUCUCUUCCCCCUCUGCCAGCGCUGGUCCCCUGCACCACGUUUGACCGCGAGG